AUGAUUUCAGAUAACGAUGCGUUCCUUACUCAGCUUACUCGACUUUUUGAAAAUGUAAAGCCAACUACAAAAAAAAUUCACUUAACCAUGAAAAGACAAACAUGGCAACCAAAGGGUUCACGUAACGCCGAAUCUGCAAAGGAGCUAAAAAAUAAAAUAUUGGAAAAAAAGGUUGAUGAUAAAGAAUAUCCAUUAGUGAUUCGAGCCACUUGUGGGAAGAACAAGAUUAAAACGGUGGUUAAUCCUUCUGAUUCGGAUAAAUUUUAUACUGCAUAUAGCAAUAUCCUUAAAGUUCACAUGGAUUCCAUGAAAAAGAAGGAAAAGAAAAAAGGUGAACGAACAAAAGCAAAAAAGAAAAUUCGUAAAGUAAAAGCUACUAUUUCAUGA